AUGGGACACUCGAUUUGUUUCCUCGGUUUGAUCAUCUUGUUAAAAAUUCUUCGACCAUUCGAAUGCAACAAUUUAGAAGUGAAGGCACUUCCAACGCAGCCUUCAAAUUCUACUGCUUCUGAUUUAAAAAGUGACAACAGGACAAUGCGUAACACAUUAAAACUUGAUUCAAGUUUCACAACUUCUACGAAGAGAUCAACUUCUUCAGAAAAUAAUACAUCAGUUUCCGAAACAUCUACAAUGGAUACUAUAGAAUCUACAGAUGAAGGAGAAGAUCAACAGAUACUCAUCAUACUUGAAAAAUCAAAUCGUAAUUCUGUCCUGGAACCUUGGUAUCGUGUUAAACGUGAUGGUGAAGACAAAGAAUAUCAAAAAUCGUCAAAUUCAGAUGGCGAUAAUACUUUUGAUAAAAAUAAUGAUAAUAAUAGUACCUCUGAGGAAAAUAAUGAUAAUACUUCUGGUGAAAAUGAUGAUACUGCAGACGAAGAGACUGACGAUUCAUCAAGCAAAAGUUCCAAAGAAGAAUCUUAUAGUCAAUUCGAUCCUGAAUCAGAAGUAGAUUCAAUGGAUGUUAAAGGCAGAGAAAAGAAGAGCACAUAUUCGCAAGAAUCUGAGGAAGAAGGAAGAUUGUAUCCUGCUUGGUACCAACCAUCUUUCAGCAAUAGAUAUUGGUCCAGUGAUGAGAAAGGUUCUUCUCGCCAUUUUAUAAGGAUUCCAGUAUUUCCUGGAAAAUAG